AUGGGAGGAGCAACGGGGGAGGACGGAGAAAAGGUGGAAACGACGCACGAAGCGGGAGUAAACGCAGGGAGCGGGGCAACAGCGCAUGGGGCGGGGGAGAACGCGGGGGGGGGAGCAACAGCGCACAAGGCGGAGGAGGAGCGGGGUGAGGGGGCAAAAGCGCACGAGACGGGGGAGGAGCGGGGCGAGGGGGCGACAGUGCACGGGGUGAUGCGGGAGGGGAUGGCGGUGCUGAUUGACGUGAACGGUGAAAAGGCGUCUUUUGCCAUGCUGCAGCGCAACAGCACAGUGCGGUUGGGCAAGCAGUGCUGCUCCCUCGCGCCCCUCAUAUGCUGCCUUUUUCUCUUUUCUUCUGCUCCCCUUCAUCAUCUCUUCUUCCCCUGCCAACUGUUCCCCGUUUCUCCCUUCCCCCAUUCCCCCCACACCUCCUCCCUCCCACGCGCUCCUCUCUCUCACCCCCAGAACCGCGCGAGUGGGCAAGCAGCAGUGAUCCCUCGCUCUCCUCGUAGGCUGCGCCUAUCCUGUUUCCUUCGUCUCCCCUUCAUCCUCUCUUCUCCCCCUGCCAACUUUCCCCAUUUCUCCUUUCCCCCAUUCCCACCUCUCUGUCUCCCCCCUCCCCCUCCUCCCCUCCCCACGCCCCUCUCCCCCAGCACGGUGCGAGUGGGCAAGCAGCAGUGCUCCCUCGCGCCCCUCAUAGGCUUCCCUUUUCAUUCCCCCCACUUCCCCACUCCCCCCUUCCCCCAUCCCCACUUCCCCAUACUCCCCCCCAGCACCGUGCGAGUGGGCAAGCAGCAAUGCUCCCUCGCGCCCGUUCUCAGCUGCCUUGCUUCCCCCCACUCCCCCCGCCCCUCUUCCCCUCCCCCCCCCAGCACCGUGCGAGUGGGCAAGCAGCAAUGCUCCCUUGCCCCCCUCAUAGGCUGCCCCUUUGGGUCUGUCUUUGAGCUGCGCAUGGGGGGCGAGGAGGGCGCAAGGGGGGGCGGGGGGGAAGGGGGAGGCGGAGAGGGGGAAGGCGGGGAGGGGGGGAAAGGGAAGGACGCCGGAGGGGAGGGGGAGGAUGAUAAGGGCGAUGGAGGGAAGGGCGGAAGGGGGAAAUGGGGUGGACGGGGAGGAGGAAGAGGUGGAGGGGGGAGAGGAGGGGGGAGAGGAGGACGGAGGCCGCAGCUGGUGCGAGUGUCAAAGGAGCAACUGAGGGAAGAUUCUCUUGCUGCCAUUGGGGAGGUAGAUGCUGCUGCUGCUGUUACGCCUGCUGCCACAGCUGCUGCUGAUACUGCUGCUGAUUCUGCUGCUGCCGAGGCUGCAAAGGGUGGUGCAGCAGAGAAGAGUGCAGAGGGGGUGAAGGACAAUCGCAAUUUGAUGGAUGAUAACACGGCGCAGAAGCUAUCGGCCAAUGAGAUUGAAGCACUCAAGAGGCAAGCAGCAUCGGGGCAUGAGGUGGUGCGGGCACUGGCGGCCAACAGCGUCUCCUUCCACACCAAGACCGACUUCGCCCAGGAGAAGUAUCUGAGGAAGAAGCAGAAGAAGCACGCUCCGCGGCUGGUCGCCCGCUUUCCCACAGCUGACAGCGUGUGUGAGGCCUACUUUGCCAAGGCGCCUGCCAGGAUUGGUUUCCUGCGCCCUGACAGCCUGGCGAUGCUGCUAGCCAUGGCCAAUGUGGGAGCGCACUCGCAUCUGCUAGUGCUGGAUGGCACGGGUGGGCUCAUCACAGCUGCUGCCGCCCAGAGGAUGGGAGGCCACGGCGCCAUCUGCAGCGCCUUCUAUGCCUCGCAUGUGUCCCACGCUCCCUCCAUCGACAUCAUCCGCCAUCUCAACCUCUCCCUGCCCGCCGCUGCCAU